AUGAUCAAUAAGGAUUCCGAUUUUAUUACAAAAGGAGAUGCGGAGGGGCAUUCGCCCCUCCGAUCGAGCCAACGAGUACAACACACUAGUAACACAAGCCCGUCGUUGGGUAGACAAUCUUCCUCGAUAUACUCCCUCACCCUAGACGAGUUCCAGCACACGCUCUGCGACAGCGGCAAGAAUUUCGGUUCGAUGAACAUGGACGAAUUCCUCAACAGCAUUUUCACCGCCGAAGAAAAUCAAGAAAACCACACGAUGAUGACGCAGCAGCAGUUGAUUCCCCAACAAGGAGGCCACGAAAAGAAAACGCCACUGAAGGCGGGGCCCGCCUUAACAAGGCAAGGCUCCCUCGAAGUGCCGGAGCCUCUGUCUCGGAAGACCGUCGACCAAGUAUGGUCCGAAAUCCACAAAACCACUCACCCACACCGUAGCGAGAGUCACGCACGUGUAGGCAAUCACAGCUCCUCUCAGAGACGGACGACCUUCGGCGAAAUGACUCUGGAGGAUUUCUUGGUCCGGGCGGGAGUCGUCAGGGGGCAGAAUGUUUCUCCGCCCUUCGCCGCCCCUCCACCGCCGCCACCUCAGCAGCCGAUGUAUCCAGUGGGGCCCAGUUUCGGUGCUAGGCCAAUAACGGCUGUGGGGCCCGGAUGUGUGGAUGUGGCAUCUUAUCAAACACUUGCACAGGUGGAUAGUGGGAAUCAGUUUGGAUUGGAUAAUUUGAGAGGUGGAGGGAGGAAGCGGAUUAUAGAUGGUCCGUUGGAGAAGGUUGUGGAGAGCGGGCAAAGGAGGAUGAUCAAGAUUCGGGAGUCUGCUGCACGAUCUAGGGCGAGGAAGCAGGUUUAAUUAAUUAAUUAACUUUUGUUGCUAGAUUAAUUUGUAUUGCGUAUUGAUGAUGAUAAUUGGAUUGUACGUACGAAUUUCGUUUGAAUGUUUGUUGUGUGUGUGCGGAGCUUACACGGUUGAACUUGAAGCAGAGUUGAACCAAUUGAAGGAAGAGAAUGCGCAGCUUAAACAAGCUAUGGUAAUCAUGUUGAUGCUUUCUACAU